ACCGUGCUAAACACCACAGAUUUUUCACAUACACACCUAAAAUACUUUUAUUGUCUUAUUCAUAUAUUUUUAAACGUUUAAUGUGUUAAACCUCUACUAAAACGGUAUUUAUUAGUUGUUUAAAUAUGAGAACAUAAAACCAGUUAUACGCGAGGUUUAGUUAUUGUCAACAUUUAUCUCCGUAAUUAAUUCAAACAACAAACAAAUAAAUUAUUUCAGAUAAUCCUAAAGUUCGAAAUUAGUUGUAUUAUUUUUUUGUGAAUAAGGCCCUGCGUGUUCCGGAAAUUGCGUAUCGAUUGUUGCCUUGGCGACUCUGCAUAGUGCCCUAGAACACUUGUGGAUUAUAUACACGUGCGCGUUUUAAGAAAAAAUGUAUUCAAACCUCGGCGGACCAAAACACCAAAGUCAAAGGACAAGCAGCAAGCAGUUGUUCUUUCUGUCUACCACGACGUAUCGAGAAUGCUGACGUAACUCGUGAACAUUUUAACAAAACGUACGAACCACAUUAAAUAGUGUUUGUUCAAUUAAAAUGAUACGGAGGAACAAAAUAAUGAGAAUGUUUGAGUAUAUUUAGACUUUUUGCCUAUUUACUUUUAAUUGCCGCCUCUCUGUGACAGUAAAACAUUUUUUUUCAGAUAAGUGAAAGUAAUUUCAAAGUACCACUGGACUGGAGUAAAAAAACUCGUGAAUCAUAGUUCUAAAGUAGCACAGAUAAACACAAAAUAAAUUUUGUGUAAUAAGGAACUCAAAUAUGAAUCUUAUUGAAAAUGGCAUUGAGUGACAGUAACGAGAGGCUGGACAGUCUUUUUGUGAGAAUUGUAAAAAGGGUAGUAUUUUACGGACUUCUAUAUUUAGUUGGAUAUGCAAACUGGUCAAUGACAUGGGUGUUAAUACCUGCAUUACUCGUGACUCUAUCGGAGGAAUAUACACAUACAAAGAAGAAAAAAAGAACUUUCGCCAAAGAAGCAGCUUCGGGAAAGGAAAAGGAAAUUAUCGAAAAUUGGGGGGAACUUCCAUUUUGGGUCGUGUUUCCGGAUGUAGAACGAGCAGAGUGGUUAAAUAAGGCCGUGAAGCAAUGUUGGCCCUUUAUAAAUUUUUAUGCUCGUGACCUCAUUAAAACGUACGUAGAAAAUAAGCUCAAGAAAAAUCUGGAGAAAUAUAGUCUGAAAGGAUUCCAUUUUGAGAGAAUCAUAUUGGGCAGUACGCCCUUACGAACAGGUGGCAUUGUAGUAUAUGACAAUGUUUCUAGAGAAGAAAUAGUCAUGGAUGUUGAUGUUUCAUACGCUGGCGACUGUGAUAUUAAAUUUCGUCUUAGAGGACUUCUAGGCGGAAUUAAAAAUUUCCAGAUGUAUGGAAAAUUAAGAAUAGUGCUCAAACCUCUUAUUCGCCACUUUCCAUUGAUAGGCGGUGUACAGCUGUUUUUCCUUAAUAAUCCCGAUAUAGAUUUCGAGCUAGACGGAAUUGCUGGUAUUCUGGAUGUACCUGGAAUAAACGAAUCCUUGAGAAAGUGUGUGUGCGCUACGGUUGCGUCGUUGAUGGUAUUACCAAACAAAUUUCCAGUUAAAUUUACUCCUGAAGUAAGCAGUGAACAACUAAAUACACCAAAUCCAGCGGGAGUUCUUAGAGUCCAUGUAAUAGAAGCAAAAGACCUGGUAAAGAAAGAUAUUACUUUUACCGGUAAAAGCAAAUCAGACCCGUAUGCUCAGCUAGUAGUAGGAGAACAAAGUUUCAAGACUGAGACUAUACAAUCCAACGUUAAUCCAAAAUGGGAUUAUUGGUGUGAGUUUGUCAUCCUAGAAUCUACUGGACAAGAAAUUUUAAUAACAGUAUGGGAUGAAGAUGCGACCGAUGAUGAAUUUUUAGGAAGGGUAUCCGUGGACAUAGCAUCUUUAAUUAAAGCAGAAUUAAGCGAUAUGUGGUUGGUUCUAGAAGACGUUAAACACGGAGAUAUUCACAUUAGGACAAAUUGGUUAACACUGUCGACGGAUUACUCUAACCUAAAAGCUGCCUUAUAUGAAAGCCAGCAGUUGCAACUCUCCCAUAUGAGUUCGGCUUUAUUAAUCGUGUACAUAGAUUCUGCAACGAAUUUAAAGCAAGUCAGGGCGUCAACAAAACCGGAUCCUUACGUCCAGCUUCAAUUAGGUAGACAAAUUAAAACUACCAAUUCGGUGAUGAGAACAGUCAAUCCAGUAUGGGAAGAAAGUUUCAUAUUUAUGUUAACAAAUCCUGACUCAGAUUACCUCAAUUUAAAAAUAUUUGAUGCAAAAACUGAAGCUGAACUUAGUGAAAUUAGUUAUAAUAUUAGUAGUAUAUGCACCAAAGACAAUUUGGAAGUAGAAAAAGAAGUUUUGAGGCUAGAAUAUGGAAAGAGUGAUCGUAAAUUGAUUUGGUCAUUGCAUUUAAAGAUUUUCCACAACGCUAAUUUUCAAGAAUAUUUAGAAAAGCGGCCUUCAUCAAGAGCUUCUUCAUCAAGCGCAGAUACCAUAGAACAAGUAUCAGAUUCUGAUUCUGUUUCCAGUGAUAGUACAAAGUACACUAGCCGUAGUAGUCGUAGGCACACUAGGCUUUCUCUUAGGUCAAGUAGCUCAAUAAGUUCCAGGCUGUCACAAGAAUGUUAUGGUGAUAUAAAUUUAACCAUGAGAUACAGUUUGCAAAGACAAAGACUUAUAGUAGUAGUUCACAGAGUAAGUAAUUUAUGUUUUGAAGAUCCUACAGAGGACAAAGAUAUUUAUGUUAAAUUGUACCUGCUACCAGAACGAUGCAAAGCAACGAAAAGGAAAACUAAGGUAAUGAAAGGAUGUAGAGAACCAGCUUUUGAUAAGAAGCUUGAAUUUUUAGUAUCUCAGGACGAGAUCAAUGAAAGAUAUUUGGAAGUAUCUGUUAUUGAGGAGAAAGUGAUUAAAAACGAAAUUUUGGGCCAGGUAAUUAUUGAAUUAAAAGAUGUCAGUCUACCCCUUACAAAGAGCUUCGAAUUGGGACCAAGAGUAAGGCAUGAUUAGAAUAUUUUAUUUAUACACAUUAUUUAUUUAUCAAAUAAAGCUAUUUGUUACAA